GCCUUGCCUCGUUCGCAUUCGUGCUCAGAUGAAUACCCGACUUAAGAAUAAGCAAUGACUCACCGAAUAGAGAUAGUAUGCAUAUUAUCUCAUUUUAUAUGAUACCGGCCCGUGAUUGCGAUUUGUAAGUAUAGUUUCUCUAUAAUCAUGAUAUUCUCAUCUAUAUAGUUCAUAUCUGCUGAAAUUGCCUGAAAUAGCUUAUGAUUUAUGAAAUGUCUGAUAUGCUAUUAAAAAAAUUACCAACUCUUUUGGAGAAUGGGUAAAAAAUGCAUGAUAGAAAUUAUAACAAGUAGAUCCUAUUGUACAUGUGUAUAAUUUUUAUUUUACUACUUUGUGGUUGUAUUCAAGUAAUUGUUUAGUACUACCACCACUAGAAAUGUACAUGUUUCAUACAUUAUUAUAUGUAUUUAAUUGCAAUAACAAUAUUAAUUUUAUUGACGUAAGAAAGUAUCACUAUUAUAUUGAACAUUUAUUCAUCGGUUUUCUCUACCUCAUCAUCCAUUACUUUAAAUGCGCGCGGUUCAUACGUGGCGCGCGCGAGUAGCAGAUUCUAGCAGGUUCUUUCUAUAUACCUACUACUAAUAUAAAAUCACGAAUCACACUGAAAAAUCAUCGUGAUUGGGAACGAACGUGAUCGAAUCACGAGUGAUUCGAAAGUAGUAGUUGUAGCUGUUCUAGCCAUCACUAGAAUGAACGUGAUGGAAUCACAAGUGAUUCGAAAAUAGCAGUUCUAGCCAUUACUAGUAUGUAAUGCGGUAUAGAUUUUAUAUAUACAUGUAUAUUUAUUAAUUUGUUGAAAUGUACAACAUCAGUUGGAACAACAUUACCUCGCACAAUUUAUUUUUGAAACUUUUAUGCCUGCAUCUCCUGGCUCGAUGCGAAAUCUCGAGCUGAAUGAUCUUGAAUACGUGCUGGCAAAUCUAAACGAAUAUUUACAUCAAAAGUACCGAACAAACGUUUUACUUUAUAAUCCGUCAUUAUCGUUCGGUAAUUUAUUAUAAUCACUUAUGCGUUUGCAUAUAUGAAUGAUAUAACGCAUCGUAAUACUGUACAUAAUACGUAAUAUCGGACGUACGAGGUACGAGUGCAACAUGUUCCCCGUGUUUUGUAAUGAAUUACCCAUUGGAGUGGGCUGUUGCACUUUCAAAAUUAAUCGGAACCCGAGGGAUGUGAUCGACAGAAAUUAAAAUUACGAAAAUGGUUCUGACGAAAACCCAUUCAAUAAGUCGAUCCUCCAGCUGUUUAAGAAAAUACCGUAUAUUGUUUGUGUUUGGUAUAACUGUGCUAUGUGUACAAAUUUAUUUAGCUCACACGUUUUUCGGUUUGGAAAUUCGAAAUCGAAAGUCCAGCCGACUCUCUUCAGGCGAUGAACUGUCUCAACCUGAAGAAGAUGAGGGUUUAUCAAAAGGUCAAUUGAAACUUCCACCCGACAAAACUAGUAAUUCCAAGAUUUCGCAGACUAAUCGAAAUCGUACUACUAGACUAAAAUUAGAUCAUAAAUUGUUAAAUUUUACUCCACCAUGUGAAUUCACUGGCAGAGAUGCAGUCAGUGCUGUAACACGUGCACAAAGUCAAGUAUGCAAACAAUACAUUGUCAAUGUGACGUGCCUUAAUCAACAGGGAUUAUUGUAUCCAGAGAGGAUACAAUCUCUGUGCCCUCAUUCUCCAGGAUUUAUAGACAAACCAGUCAGUUUGGGAUGCUUCAAAGAUGAUAAAACAUUAAGGAUAUUAUCCGGUUAUUACCAUGUUUUUAAAGGGAACAAUUCUCCGGAACGGUGUGCUUUUCUGUGUAUGCAAUCGGGAUAUUUGUAUGCUGGUACUGAAUAUUCCGUUGAAUGUUUCUGUGGUAUGGAGAAACCUUCUCAGUUAAAGAGAUUACCAGACUCUAGUUGCAACAUGAAGUGUUCUGGUAAUCCAAAAUAUUCUUGCGGUGGAUACUUGACGAUCAAUGUAUUUUGGACUGGAAUCCAAAAAUUUAAAGCCCAAGAAGCACGAAAUGCAAGCACAGAUGGCGAGAAUGUAAAGCCUGUACAAAUAGCGUAUUUGUUGACAGUAAAUGGCAGGGCCAGUCGACAAGUGAAACGACUAAUCAAUAUUCUUUAUCAUCCUUCACACUUCUUUUAUAUUCACGUUGACGCGCGACAAGAUUAUCUUUACCGAGAAAUGUUGGAAGUGGAGAAAUCUUGCAAAACGAGCAACAUCAAAGUGGCGAGGGGAGAAAAUUUAAGACACGCAAGCAUUUGGGGCGGUGCGAGCCUCUUGACGACUUUCCUGAGAUCUGCGCAACAAAUGAUUGCACACAGCCAUCACUGGGAUUUCCUUGUCAAUUUGUCGGAAUCGGAUUAUCCUAUAAAAAGUAACGCGCAAUUAACUCAAUUUCUUAGUUUGAACAGAGGAAUGAACUUUGUAAAAUCUCACGGGAGAGAAGUUCAACGUUUUAUUACCAAACAAGGUUUAGACAAGACUUUUGUAGAAUGUGAAACUCGUAUGUGGAGGACGGGCGAUCGAAAAUUACCUGACGGCAUUCAGGUCGACGGUGGUAGUGACUGGGUAGCCUUAAGCAGAGAAUUCGUAGAAUAUGUUGCUAAUUCGCAGCCGGAUGCGUUAGUGACUAAUCUUCUAAAAGUAUUCAAGUAUACCUUAUUGCCUGCCGAAUCCUUUUUUCAUACAGUUUUACGUAACUCGAGAUUCUGCAACACGUACAUAGACAACAAUUUACACGUUACGAAUUGGAAAAGGAAAUUGGGGUGUAAAUGCCAGUACAAGGCUGUGGUGGAUUGGUGCGGUUGCAGUCCGAACGAUUUCAAACUCGAAGAUUUCAGCAGAAUUCGCAACACGGUGGAUCGUAAUUUGUUCUUCGCCCGAAAGUUCGAGCCGAUCAUUGACCAAAGGAUUAUAGACAGAGUCGAGGAGUGGUUGUACCCGGAGAAAUUGAAUAAAACUGUCAUCGCGGCAGGUUAUGACGCGUACUGGCAAAGCUUGUACCAUAAUGCAGAUUUGAGUCCCUUGACUGACGAUGCGCAAUUAACUGUCUCAAACUCCAUAGCGAGAUCGACUUUCCGCAAAUUGAAUAUGGACUUCAAACGAGUUCAUCUUUUGGAGACAACUGCCUAUUUUAGACAAAAUCAGUUUGUCGGGAUUCUGAUUCUAGCCGAAGCCGUGACAGGAGAGGAAACAGUUGGAUAUACGGAACGAGUUGAAUCACUGGUAUAUUUGAAACAUAACUUUUCUACUAGUAGAGAAUGGUUGGGAAAGAUACAGAGUUUGUCUGUUAGUACUGAUUACGAUCAAAAAGAGAAGACGUUUAGAAAUCUAAUGGGAAGCAUCGGACCAUACUCAAGUCCGGUUUUAUCGUACGAAUUUGACACUGGAAUCACGACGCCGCAGAAUUUGUCAGUAUUGUGGGUGGACCCUUACGAUCGACUGGUAGAUGUUAAUUACAUACUGCUCGAAGAAAUGGCAUUGGCGGGGUAUGUUAGGCCACAAUUUAAUGAACAUUUAGUUGUGGGUUCCUGGCAUGUCUUCUUAUUUGCUGACACAUUGUUAGUUGCAAAAAUGAAUUUUUUGGUGACUCCGUUGGGAUACUGGAGAAAUAAAAAGAUCGACGUGGAGAAAGCCAAAGAAGUGAAUAACGCAGCCAGUGAUUACCAUGUUAACGAAGAAACGAACAAGAAGUGGUCACAUUUAUUAAGUUCCAUGAACUUUUACGGACGAAGAACGUACAGUACGGAUACCGAAAUUAACAUUAAUUCCAAUUUAAAUGAGUGGAUAGACAAAUUAGUAUCGGAACAUUACGAAAUUGAUAAAAUAUGCGACGCUAACGAGAGUAAAUUAAAAUUGCAGAAGUGUAUUAAUACAUUCUGGAGCUCGUUGAGUCCAGACUCAAAGGCUGAUAUCAAUAAUCUAUGUUAAAAACUAUUAGUUUACUAAAUAUGUGCCAUUCUGAAUAUUUUUAAAGUUUAACUUAUUACAUACGUGUAAAGGGUUAAUAAUCUUUUUAGAUAUUUUUAUAUCAAAUACAUAAUGCUAUACACAUUCA